AUGUCUCUGCGUGAUAACCAAAUUCAUGGUCAGAACCAUGUUGUUCAAGGACAAUCGAGCAAAGAAAAUGCACUGAAUAUAGCUCGAUACAGAAAGGCAGUAUACAGUGCACUGUGGGUGCAGGUAACAUUGGUUAUUUGUUAUCUGCCGUACAGUAUAACUGUAGCUUUCAGAACACGUCAAGGGGGGAUGCUUAUAUCUACUUACCUUGCUAGGGAAUUUACAGCUACUUUAGUUUUUUUAAACUCGUCGUUAAACCCGUUUCUGUACUGCUGGAAGAUCACAGAAGUGAGACAAGCUGUAAAACAAACAUUACAACUACACUUCUGUACCAACUAAGACUUGGACUAAGACUUAUGGCAUUAAGACUACCAGUUGUAAAAAGUCCUCCAGAAAAUAUAGUUUUAGCUUGUCAAAGGAACAUUUACUAACAAACCAUUGCCAUCAAGGAACAUAAGAUUUGAAAGCCAAACGAGAAGGGCAAAAUGUGUGAGCGUAACUGAACUGAAUGCAAUGGUCAAGCGAAAACGAUAAUGAGAAAGUGUGUAUUCACAUGUGUUAAUAAAACUCUACUUUUAGUACAUCCUAGAAACUGCCAGCUAAAACCGGUUGAUUAUUUUCCUGUGAUUUGUGGUUCUUAUGUAUAUCUUUUGGUCAUUAGCCAAUCACUGGACUCCAUUCUAUGAUAUAUAAUAUUAUAUUUACAUUUUAUUACCUUGUUUUUGCAUUACAUUUCCUCGUUUUUGCUCUGUGUUUAAUAAAACUACAUUGCUCUCAGUCAAUCCUCAGAUUCAAGAAUUUUUUUUCAUGUCUAUUAUUAUGAUCAAAAACAGGUUACAUUCUAAUUCCUUAAGCUCAAAAAAAAGUAAAGCAUUUUUUCUCUUUAAUUCUCAUCUCGUAAGUAUGGUACAAACUGACCCAGACAUAAUUUAGCCCAUUUUUUGAACAUGUGUAUAACUGUUGAGACUUUAUUUCUGGCUGCGAUGAGACGAUUAGUAGUACAUUAAUAAUCCGCUGACCCUAUGAGCGCGUGUAUCACUGAUCAUGACAGUUUAGCUCGUUUUUUAAACACCAGACAAUUGUGUUAUUUGUUUUACCAAUUGCACGGCAGCAACAAGAUUGCAAAUAACUCUGAUCGGUUGUCGUUUAAUAAAAUGAAAAUACAGCCCACGUAUUACGUCACGUAUUUAAUUGGUUUUUGACAUGAUGAAGCCAUCAUAUAAGAAAAACAGAUCUACUGUAUUAAAAAAAAGGUUCUCUUGACCGUAUUUGCUUCGGAGAAAAGUCAAGGUAAUGACAAACUACCAAGCAAUUAGAGAACUGUAUUGUUCUACAAAAUUCACUGGAGAGUCGAGGAGAGGUACAUGACGAGCUAAUUUUUCUCUAAGACAAAAGAGGACAGCUAAAUAUGAUGGUGAAUGAUGGUGCAAGUUCCAUGUUAAUAUUUUGGGUUCACUAUACUCAAUCGAAAUGAACGUCACCAUGGCGUUUUUAAUUUUAAAUAUUUUACCUUUCAUAUAACAGAUCCGAAUUGGACGCACCGGGAGAUGGUGUGAACGGUGGAAUUAAAUUAAAAAACAAUUUAAAUGAAGAUAUAAUCUUGACGUGGUGAAAUAGCAAUAUAAGCAAUUGGGAAUAAACGGCCCAAAAUGUAAAAGUUAUAGCCCACGAAUCGAAGUUUGACAUGUUUGGGAAUAUCAUACUCGGUUAAGAUUUCCUGGUCUAAGAAAAUGUAGCGAAAUUGCUGCUGGUAUCCAUGUGAAAGUCAGUCAAAGCUGAUUAUUGAAAAACGGCACAAGCAAUUUGAAGCUACAAAAUAUAGAAACGCUUAAAAGCCCCCAACUUUAAUAUGAACCCCACCAGUAAUAGGCCCAUUAACCCUUUAAGUCCCAAUAGUGACCAAUAGCAAUUUUCUCCUAACGAUAUCCAUACAUUGUCAUGAGAUGAGGUUAUCAGAAUUAAUAAAAUGAUCACCUAAGAGAAAAUACUUUGAUCUUUUAUCCAAUUCUCUCAACUAAUUCUUAAAGGAAAUGUAUAUAGACCAGUUUGGAGAAUUUGUAUGUGGAUAUUGAGGCUUAAAGGGUUAACCUGAAACAACAAAAAAAACCUGCUAUGAUUGUAUGUCCCUCCCCCACAACAUAAGCUCCCCUCUAAAUUGUAUUGACAUGAAUUCGAUUAUUAUGAUGUUUUGAAGCUGAAUUAAACGCCAGUAAAUGAAAAACGCAUUUUAAAUCAGCACUGCUUUAGCUUGUUUUGAAGGGCUUUUUCCAUUCCGGUUAUAAGCCGCUCCAUUUAGAAGCCCUCCUGACCCCUUACGAAGAUGUAUAAUCCCAGGGCAGGAGCCCAUUUGAUGGGCUCUGUUAGUUAUAAACGGCAGUUUACGGCACCGCAAAUCAUAUGCUCGGCUCACAAACUUAACACUUCCGUUAGCAAAAUUUUCUCGUUCUUGCUUUGUGUUUACUAAAACUGCAUUGCUCUCAGCCAAUGAUCAGUUUCAAGAAUUUUUUCACGUUUAUUAUAUUUGUAGUAAUAACACGUUACAUUCUAAUUGCCGAAGCUCGACGGAAUGUAAAAAAAUGAUUCUCUUUAAUUCCCAUCUCGUAACCGACCCAGACUUUAUAGCUCAUUUUUUGAACAUUUGUACACGGUUACUGAGACGUUAGUGCCUGCGAUGACCCUAUGAGAGCGUCAGUUUGACUUCUGGCAACUGACGAAAACCGUUUUCUACUCAAUUUGAAUAUAUGUUUAACAGAACUAUCGAUCAAGACUUGGUUAAUCGACUUUUUAUUUCUAACAGUUUCACUCGUUUUCUAAAAGACAGGCAAUUGUGCUAUUUGCUUCCCUUAUCGCACGGCAACACCAAGAUUGUCGAAUUCUAUCGUUUAAUAAACUUAAAAUACAGAGCAAAUAUUUUAAAUUGUUUGUUCAAAAGGUCACAUGUGUAGCAGUCAUAUAAGGAGACAGAUGUAUUAAAACACAGUUGGGUUGACUGUAGCCGCAUCGCAGAGAAGUAAGCUAAGGUGGCCCAAAAGUGUCACGGCAAUUUCAAUUUUACUUACCGGCAAUUUCAAUUUUACUUACCGGCAAUUUCAAUUUGUUCUCGGUAAUUUCAAUUUACUCACCACGAUUUCAAUUUGCUCACAACAACCAUUUCAAUUUAUUUACGGCAAUUUCAAUUUACUCGCGGCAAUUUCAAUUUUGCUCACGGCAAUUUCAAUUUACUCACACCAAUUUCUACUUUUUCGCGGCAACGCUCACGGCAUUUUUCGCUUAGCUCACCACCUGUCUACUACGGCGGUCGACAGUGGCCACCAAAAGUCAAAACGCAAAAUCAAAAGUCGAUACUUUUAAGUAUCGACUUUAAAAAGUAGAUCUUCAAAGUGAAAAGUGAAAAUCAAACAUCAAAAGUCGAUUCACGAACACUUAUGCCAGUAGACAGUGAGACGACAACGGAAGAGUUUACUGCUCCCAGAAAAUUAUAAGCUUUAUCUAGCACUCACCUGGUGGCCGGUUAAUAUUUACUGCACAGCAUCUCAAAAUGGUGCAAUCCCUCACAUUUAUCCAAGCAUUGAAGCUACUUCUAAGGCUUGUUUACUGAUGUUAUUGGUAACAGUGUUCCUAUUUUUGCUAAGAAAAAGCAAAAAUGGUGGAGCCAAACGAAGAAACAUGCUACUUAUGGACCCGGUCUGAGAUUCGUUAUUUUGUUUUACAUUAGAACGGUACGGUUUCAGACCCGUACGAAAGUAACUCGGGUCGGGUAUGUAUGGAGACCGAUAUAAACUCAUACCGGUCUGAGUUCGUCCCAGUCGGCCGCUGUAGUUGACAGGUGGUGAGCGAAGCGAAAAAUGCCUUGAGCGUUGCCGUGAGUAAAUUGACAUUGCCAUGAGUCAAAUUGAAUUGAAAUUGCCGUGAGUAAAUUGAAAUUGCCGUGAGUCAAAUUGAAAUUGCCGUGACACUUUUGGGCCACCGUAGAAAAGUCAUGGAAAUGAAAAAUUUUACUGGAGGUGAAAACUUGCAGACAUAUGCAGAACUUUACUGCUCUGUGGAAAUUACCGGACAGGUACAUGGGCAGCUCAUUUUUCUCUCUGUCAUCAACAUUUUUUUGUCAAUUACAGCAUUUUUGGGGAAUACUCUGAUCCUAGUUGCCCUUCACAAGGACACAUCAAUUCAUCCACCAUCCAAACUCCUCUACCGUAACCUAGCGAUAACUGAUCUUUGUGUUGGUAUCAUUGUCGAGCCCCUGAAUGUUGCUCAUUGGACAUCUGGGGUGAACAAAAGAUGGGAUAUUUAAUUUGCUAUUACACAUAUUUGACAGCACAUUUCGCAGCUGUUGCUUUGUGUUCAGUGUCGUUGAUAACACUGACUGCAAUAAGUGUGGACAGACUUCUCGCUUUGCUACUGGGUUUCAGGUACAGACAAGUUGUAACUUUGAGAAGAACAUGUUUAAUUGCUAUUGUUGGUUGGAUUGUGUCCAUUGUCGGUUCAUCUACAUCCUUUCUGAAUCUUCUUAUAGUUUCAUUGUACAAUUAUAUUGCUUCAGCUUUUUGUUUAGUUACUACAACCUGUGCCUACACAAAAAUUUUCAUGUCUCUGCGCCAUAACCAAAUUCGUGGUCAGAACCAUGUUCCUCAAUCGAGCCAAGCAAAUACACUGAAUAAAGCUCGAUACAGAAAGGCAGUGUACAGUGCACUGUGGGUGCAGGUAACAUUGGUUAUUUGUUAUCUUCCGUACGGUAUAGCCGUAGCUUUAAC